AUGUCCCGACACUUCUGCUGCUGUAUCCCCGUCAGGGCUGGCGUCUUCAUUUUCUCCCUAAUCUCCUUUCUUGCCUCCACUGCGUUGGCAGUGCUAGCAUGGAUCGCCACCUACAAGGUGCACCACGAUCCCGGCCAACACAUGAACAUAUCCAACACAGCAAAAAUCAUCAUCAUUGUGGUGGGCAGCAUAUCCACGCUCAUCGCCCUCAUCUCGCUCUUCGGCUGGAUCGGCUCGAUCACGCGCAACCGCCGCUUCGUAAAGGCGUACUCUGCGCUGUCCUGGGUCAUCUUCCUCCUCUCGCUCGUCUCCGCCGGCUUCUUCCUCUACAUCGUCUACGCCGGCAAGGCGCUCUACGACUGCAUUUCCGUCGACUCGAACCUGCACGUCGACACGAACGUCUCAUGCGACUUCCACUUCUCGCUCGGCAUCAAGAUCCUCGUCACCGUCAUUACCGUAUUGCAGAUCCUGAUUCACCUCUAUAUCGUGGUCAUCAUCAGACGCUACGUCGACCAGCUCGAGGACGGGGACGAAUCGUGGAGGAGCCCGUACACCCUCGGCCUCGUCGACCCGCGCCAGGGCCUGCUCAACCCCGCCUCGGAAGCAUACCCCUAUUCCGACGCGACGCACGCGUUUGGCAAGGCCGCUGAAGCCUGA